AUGAGAACAGAUUGGCACCGGUAUAAUCUCAAACGCCGCGUUGCUUCGCUACCUCCAAUCUCAGCAGAAAUCUUUCAAGAAAAGGUUCUCACAGCACAAGCAUCAUCGACUGCAGUUGCUGCCAAAGCCUCCUUUGAGAAGCCAUGCUCUGCUUGUCAGAAGAUCUACUAUAGCGAGAAUGCGUACCAGAAUCAUCUCAGAGGCCAAAGACAUCGUUCAAGAGUCACAGCCCUCAGCAAGGACGAUUCUACUACAGAAGAUGGAUCAGUUGCGACUUCAACUUUCUCUCUGGGUGAGCCGAUCAAUAAUACUCCUGAUGCAGUCACCAGACCGGUAGCUCCUCGAAGUCCUCGUAUAGGUCCUGAGGCGGAAGAAGAAUUUUCAAAAGUGGUGGAUUCGCUUAAAGAUACUAGGAUUACGGACGGGCUUUCCUCCCCAGUGAGUCGGCGGCCUACUCGUCCUCGUCACUCGGCCUUAGAAGACAGGACCGAACAUCCACUCUCCCCGGAAAAGAGCGGGGUUGAUACCGAGGAAGCGAAAGUGGACAUGGCCACAACCACAAAUGAUAUCCACCUCGAUGAGUGCCUCUUCUGCAACCUAAGAGCGGCGGACAUACAACAGAAUGUAUUGCACAUGUUCAAGGUGCACGGCCUUUUUGUUCCAGAGCGAGAUUACCUUGUGGAUUUAGAGGGUCUCUUGCGCUGGCUUUGGACACAGAUUCAUGCAGAGCCGCAUGAAUGCUUAUAUUGUCACAAGAUCAGGCAUUCUGCGGAAGCUAUGCAAGCUCACAUGAGAGAUGCAGGUCAUUGCAAAAUUGCAUUUGAGGAAGAGGAGGACAUGAUUCAAAUCGGACAAUUCUACGACUUUACGAGCACUUAUUCUGAUGAUGAAGACAUUGAGAUGGAUGGUAAUGAUCAAAACAGCGAUGGAAAGGGCGGUGAAGGCGACUGGGAAGACGAAAGCGAUGUCGGAUCUGAAGACGCGGACGACAAGUUAGAGGUCGACGAUAAACAAGAGCCGAAAGAGAACCAUGCGAGAAAUGGGACCGGAGCGUCACAUCCAAUAUUAGUCCUGGACGACGAACUCCACCUUCCGUCCGGUAAAGUUGCUGGUCACCGCUCUCUUGCCAAAUACUUCCGACAAAAUCUACGAGACCGUCCAUCUCCUGGUCAACUACACGAGCAACAGAAGUUAUUGGAUGCCGCAGUGGAUGAAGAGCAAGAAGACGUUGCGAUGACAAAUGGAGGGCAUGAUGCAAGAAAUGGUGAAAAUGGUAACAGAGGCCGCCAGCUCAUCUCGCGUGCCAAUGGAGGUCAGGGUCUAAUCGGCGUCUCUGAUGCGAAGAAGCAAGACAUUCAAGCGGUGGAGAAGAAAGACGCCAGGAGGGCACAGAGGGCGGAAAAGCAGUAUCAGUGGGGUGUGAACAAGAGGGCGAACAACCAGAAACACUUCAGGGACCCAUUGCUGCAAUAG